AUGUGUAACCCUAAGAACUACAGUGAUACUCCAGCCACCUCUAAGAGCACAGUGGAGGAACUCCAUCGACCAAUCCCUUCGUUGUUCCGAGCCCUCACGGAGGGUGACGACCCUAUCAACAUGAUGGUGGUGUCCUUCCCCGUUGCCGAGGAACUAUCUCACGACGAGAACCUGGUCUCCUUCCUGGAGACGCUUGAAGACCAGCAUCAGAACAUGUCAAUCCCCGGCAACAGCAUUCACGCAAGAUACGACACUCAAGAUAACAUGUGUAUGGUGGUCUACUUUGAUGACUGCGUAUCAAUCCGCCAGUGUAAACUAUACUGUGAGUCGAUGGGAGGGUCGAAGUACCGCUGGUUUCACAACGCCUGUUGUCAGUGCAUCGGCCCGGAGUGUCUGGACUACGGCAGCAAGGCUGUUAAGUGCAUGAACUGUCUGUUCUGAAGACUGACGGUGGAUGGAUCCAUGAACUGUCUGUUGUUGAAGACUGAUGUCUCCAUGGUGGUGGAGACUGGUACCAUAUAUAUCGACCAAACCCAUGGGCGGCUCGAGGGAGGGGCUAGACGAUGCGGAAGCCUUUUCUCAACAAUAGCCUAUCACCCCAUUAGUAACCCCAAUAAAUAUUUUAUUAAUAUAUGAACGCAUUUACACCAUACAGGGCCUUCGGAAAGUAUUCAGACCCCUUCACUUUUUCCACAUUUUGUUACGUUACAGCCUUAUUCUAAAAUUGAUUAAAUAAUGUUUUCCCCCACAUCAAUCUACACACAAUACCCCAUAAUGACAAAGCGAAAACAGGUUUCUAUACAUUUUUGCAAAACAUAAAAUAGAAAUACCUUAUUUACGUAAGUAUUCAGACCCUUUACUAUGAGACUCAAAAUUGAGCUCAGGUGCAUCCUGUUUCCAUUGAUCAUCCUUGAAA